AUGAAAUUGGUUGAUAUUUUAUUCGUACUGACUGCGGCAGCAACCGCUAAUGCAAUACUGAUACCGAUUGAUAACAAUGGUUCACCCCAAGCAUCAAGUACUUCGAGUCAAGUGUCUGUCCCAACUGAUGAACCCGAUCCAAAUACUUUGGACGACUUGCAAAGUAUAGUGGAUGCAGUUAAUUUAAGCAUUCUUGACGAAGACUGGAAAUACCUAUUUGAUCCGAUUGAUCCAAACACAUCCAAUGAAGAUCGGCAACAACCAAUUGAUCAACCCAGUUCAGAUACUUCCAGCCAAGUAUCUGGUACAACUGAUAAACCUGAUUCAAGUACUUUCAACCAAGAUCAGCAACAACCAAUAGAUGUAGCUGAUCCAAGUACUUCCAGACGAGCUCAAAAACGGCCGAUUGAUGAACACGGUUUAAACAUUUCCAAACAAAGUCAGAAACAAUCGAUGAAUCAAGCCGGUCCGAGUGCUUCCAAACAAAGCCGGAAACAAUCAACUGAUGAACCCGGUUUAGACAUCCCUGACAAAGACUGGCAACGCUUAAUAGAUGAAGUCAAUUCAGACACUUUUGAAGAAUGGAAAGAACUGUUUGAUAUAGCUGGUUUAAAUACUCCCAGUCAAGUUUCUGACCCAAUUGAUCAAGUUGAUCCAAACACUUUUGACAAAUACCAACAACAACCAGCUGAUCAACCCAGUUCAAGUAUUUCCGAUCAAACUCAGCAACACCCAAUAGAUGCAACUGAUUUAAAUAUUUCCAACAAAGAUCCACAACAGCCGAUUGAUCAGUCCAGUCCAAGCACUUCCAGUCAAGGUCGGAAACGGCCAAUCGAUGAAACCAGUCAAAACACUUGCAGUCAAGCGCCUGGUUCAACUAAUGAACCCAGUCCAAGUACUUCUGACGAAUACUGGAAACCACUAUUUGAUAUAAUUAAUCCAAAUAUUCCCAGCCAAGACCCAAUUGAUGAACCCAGUCCAAGUACUUCUUGCAAAUAUUGGAUACCACUAUUUGUUAUAAUUAAUCCAAAUAUUCCCAGUCAAGAUCCAAUUAAUGAACCCAGUCCAAGUACUUCCAAACAAAGUCGGAAACGAAGAAUUGAUCAACCCAUUCCAAGUACUUCCAGACAAGACCAACAACAACCAAUGGAACAAGACCAACACCAACCAAUGGAACAAGGCGAGUCGGGCAAUACUGUUCCAAAUCAAGCGACUGUAUUAAACGAACAGGAUCAGAGAACCUUUAAUCGUAUAAAGAAAAGGCUUGUAGCGUCUAAAAAGAUUGCAAAAGAAAAACGCGAAGAAUAUCGUGAAUAUGCAAUCAUUGGAUUGGAACACAAACUAGUAUUAGCAAUGGGAGAAGAAAUAUCAGGGUCAACGUACGAUCCAAACAUUGAAGAGAAAUUAAGAAAAGAGUAUAUAGUGGAAGGCAAAAAAGUACCCAGUAUCAGACAAGAAUUGAAGAUUUUUAUGAAAAGGCGUGGUUUGGAAUUUCAAGAGCCGGACUCGGAUUCAGAUUGA